AUGACUGGAGAAUUGUAUUUGGUAGCGUUGCACGGAUCUUGCACGGAGCUGAAGGUCCAAGAAAUUCACAUGAUGGUGUGCCAAUCAUGGGAAAAUGGUCAAUGGAACAUUAGUCCAACGGUACCAGCCAAGUCUAGAGUUAUGAAGUUUAGCCGGAAUUUGAUUUCAAACAACUAUAAGGUGAUGCCUGAUGUUCGGCAAGCUAACAAUGUUUCACUAGGAUUGGAUGACAGCUGUCUCCAUCUACCCUCACCUUCAACUUUGAAAAGAGUGUGCUCUCAUGGCUCAUCUCGUAUUUAG